CCUUCCUGCCGCACCAUGCCGUCCCUGCGGGCGCUGACUCUCUCCGCGUGCGCCCUGCUCGGCUGGGCGGUGCUGGCCGGCAGCGCGGGCGGCGGCGGCGGCGGCGGCGGGCGCCGGGGGACGGAGACGCCGCCGCCGCCGCAGAAGAUCGAGGUGCUGGUGCUGUUGCCCCGGGACGACUCGUACCUGUUCUCCCUGGCCCGGGUGCGGCCGGCCAUCGAGUACGCGCUGCGCAGCGUGGAGGGCAACGGGACCGGGCCGCGGCUGCUGCCGCCCGGCACGCGCUUCCAGGUGGCCUACGAGGACUCGGACUGCGGCAACCGCGCGCUCUUCAGCCUGGUGGACCGCGUGGCGGCGGCGCGGGGCGCCAAGCCCGACCUCAUCCUCGGGCCGGUGUGCGAGUACGCGGCGGCGCCCGUGGCCCGGCUGGCGUCGCACUGGGACCUGCCCAUGCUGUCGGCGGGGGCCCUGGCCGCCGGCUUCCAGCACAAGGACACGGAGUACUCGCACCUCACGCGCGUGUCGCCCGCGUACGCCAAGAUGGGCGAGAUGAUGCUCGCGCUGUUCCGCCACCACCAGUGGAGCCGCGCCGCGCUGCUCUACAGCGACGACAAGCUGGAGCGCAACUGCUACUUCACCCUCGAGGGCGUCCACGAGGUCUUCCAGGAGGAGGGUCUGCACACGGCCGCCUACAGCUUCGACGAGACCAAGGCCUUGGACCUGGAGGACAUCGUGCGCUACAUCCAGGCCAGCGAGCGAGUGGUGAUCAUGUGUGCGAGCAGCGACACCAUCCGGGGCAUCAUGCUGGCGGCGCACCGGCACGGGAUGACCAGCGGGGACUACGCCUUCUUCAACAUCGAGCUCUUCAACAGCUCCUCCUACGGAGAUGGCUCGUGGAAGAGAGGAGACAAACACGACUUUGACGCUAAGCAGGCGUACUCAUCCCUCCAAACAGUCACUCUACUGAGGACGGUGAAACCCGAGUUUGAGAAGUUUUCCAUGGAGGUGAAGAGUUCUGUGGAGAAACAAGGGCUCAAUGAGGAGGAUUACGUGAACAUGUUUGUCGAAGGGUUCCAUGAUGCCAUUCUGCUCUACGUCCUGGCCUUGCACGAAGUGCUCAGAGCUGGCUAUAGCAAGAAGGACGGAGGGAAAAUUAUCCAGCAGACGUGGAACAGGACCUUUGAAGGCAUUGCCGGGCAGGUGUCCAUAGACACGAACGGGGACCGGUAUGGGGACUUCUCGGUGAUCGCCAUGACCGACGCAGAGGCGGGCACCCAGGAGGUGAUUGGUGAUUACUUCGGAAAGGAAGGUCGCUUUGAAAUGCGGCCCAACGUCAAAUACCCCUGGGGCCCCCUGAAGCUGCGGCUGGAGGAGACCAGGCUGGCGGAGCACAGCAGCGGAGCUCCCUGCAAGUCCUCAGGUGGCCUAGAAGAAUCAGCGGUCACAGGAAUUGUGGUGGGGGCCUUACUAGGAGCUGGUUUGCUAAUGGCUUUCUACUUUUUCAGGAAGAAAUACAGAAUAACCAUUGAGAGACGAAACCAGCAAGAAGAAAGCAACGUCGGAAAACAUCGGGAGCUACGGGAAGAUUCCAUCAGAUCCCAUUUUUCGGUGGCUUAAAGGAGGCCUUUUCUUUCGGCCCGAGAUUCUUUGGGGAGAUUGAUGGGAUGAAAGACAUGAAUGGAACAGAGGAGUGCUCUUGAAGAACUCAUUCUUUUCAGCAUUUAGUCAUUUCGUUGUAAGAUUUCUUUAGAAGCUCAGGAACUAUUAUUAGUCAUCAGAUGCCUCCCGGCCUUUCAUCUAAUGACAAGAAAAUAGCAGAAUAUAGUGUCACUCUGUUAACCGUGCACACUGUUUGGAGGGCCUGUGAUUGGAUUUAUGGUUUGAGAAUCUGAUGUCUCCCUAUCUUGAUGGCUUUUGGGGGCAUUGCACACAAGGCUAUAAAAAUGGGGUUUUCUCAAGUGAAAUGUUUUAUAGCUAGAAUAAAACCAUUUUUACAAGUAGAAUAUUCCUAGAAAGAAUUUAACACCCAAGAAGAGGAAAAUGUAACGGAAAAUCCAAGGUGCGAAAUACGCUCGCGCCUCUCUCUUUAGCUGGCCGGCCGGGUUGAGUUGAGGACGGCUCUGUCCAAGGAAUACAUUCAGGUCCUGACUUCCUCUCUUGAAAAAGGAUUUCCUCCUGUCUCCUUCAGUGUCUCAUAAAAGCUGCUCUGGACAGUUGUAACUAUCACCGAGAUAAGAGGAUUUAUACAAGGAAAGCAAGUCUAGAAUGUUUCAUUUUUUUAAAAUGUAAAAAAACAAAGCCCUAUUUCGCACUAACAUUUUAUUUUUAAGUAUUUUGAUCUUAUAUUUUGCUAUUAGAUAAUGUGUCUAUUUUUUCAUUUUGAAGAUUAAAUUUCACUUAUAUUUGAAAAGCAUGGGUACAACAGUGAUGGAAGAUGCUUCUC